UAAAGUUACAUGUUUUUAGGACUGGUAGUAGAAAUUUAUAUCGAUUAUCGGUUUCUCGUCGAAACGUAGUGGAAUCGAUACUUUACAAUGUCUCGAUAAUAUGAUACCCAAUCAUAUAGAACCUGAUUGAUAUCGAUCCGGCUGAUGAGCAGAGGUUAUCUAUCAGAUAUUCAUAUUCAUUUAAGUAAUAUAUUUUCAUAAGAUUUGAACGUGCUUAUUAUGGCUCGGAGAUUAGUUGUACCAAAAGCGGCAAGAAGUGAAGUUUGGAAUUAUUUUGGAUUCGAAGCCGAUGAAUCUGGAACGAUAACCGAUGUAUACAGACGUUACGUGUGGUGUCGUCUGUGUGAUAACCAGCUUCUGUUUUCUGGAAAUACUACCAACCUAUCUGCGCAUAUUGCAAGAUGUCGCAAAAUGACAAGAGUGUUGGAACAGUCACAGUCUGUUACACAAAACGGAAGCAUAAAAAAUGCCAACGUCAGUGAAGAAAUUCUAAGAAACCACGAAGGCCUUAAGCAGGGCACCAGUAAGAAGAGGAUGGUACCAGAUAUCCAGAAACAAGUUCUGAUUUCUGCAAAUAAUGAACAGAAUUCACCAGGUGAUUGUGGUGGUGGUGGUGAAAGUGUUACACAAGAAUGUGAGUCGUCUUUUGUAUCAUCAGCUGAAGAACAACAAUAUUGCUUGAAGUGGAAGUUUCAUCACAGCAAUCAACAGACCAUGUUUGCAAAACUCCUGCAGAAAGAGAGCUUUUGCGAUGUCACAAUCGCGUGCGAAGAGAAGCUUCUUCGAGCUCACAAGCUCGUGUUGUCUGCUUGCAGUUCCUACUUUGAAAUGAUACUGUCCCUUUACAAAGACCAGAACCCAGUUGUUAUUCUGAAGGACGUCAGAUUUGAAGACAUGUCGGCCCUCGUUCGGUUCAUGUACGAUGGCGAGGUCAACAUAGAAGAGGGCCAACUGCAAUCUGUGCUUGAAACUGCGGACUUCCUGAAGAUAAGGGGAUUGUCGGACAUUUACGGACAGUGCCUCGGCGCCCCUGCCGAGUCUGCAGGUACAGGAAAUUCAACAGGAGAGCAGCAGCGUACAAGGAUGGAACAUCAGUCUAAUGAUGGCCAGUCGUUAGACCCCAGUAGAAUUGGUCAAAUAUUGAAGAAGACAGUCUCCACUUCUGAAGACGUAGUUCACAGGCCAGUGAAGAUUCCUCGAAGAAAUAUUGGUGUCGACGUUGCACAAGAUGGAACAGGGACGGCCGCUCAACCACCGUCUUCACAACGCAAGAAUCACACGGAUGAAGUGGAUUAUACGGAAGGUAUAAUCAGUCUCCCAGAUUUCUUGAAACAGCACGGCACUUACCAAGAAUUCUGGAAGAAACCGUGGGUGGUCAGGGCACUGAGAGCCGUGAGCGAUCGUGAAAUGACGCUUCGGAACUGCUCCGACUUGCUCGGCGUGGGGUACAGCAUCCUGUAUAACCGUUACCGGCAGGUUCACGGCUGCCUUAAAGAAGGGCUGUUCGAGUCGGCUGGAACGUCGAGCAGCUGCGCUUUUAAGAUCGUCAGGACAGCUGAUGAUGCCGAGAAGGGGGAUGAGAUCGUUUUGAGGAGAGAUCAGCUUUCUCCGGCCGCUGCCUUUUCAGUCGCAAAUCAUGGUGCAAGUUCUUCUGAUCAGAGAGCGUUUGUGCAACCGACUUUAAACGUGAAACUCGAACCUGUCACCUCGGUUAGCGAAAUGUAUGAAUGCGGAGCAACGGGAUAUGACAAGGAAAUCCUACAGGAUUCAGAAGACUUAUAAAUGGUAAGGGUAAUGAAGGCUUUAAUUCAUUAAAUUUUGACAUUGCUGUCGUGGUUUUAUAGGAACGUGCCCAGUUUCUUGUAAAAGCAUCGUUUAGUCCGAUUCCCACAUGUUAAUCUGCGCGGUAAAACCCAUAUAAAAUGGAAUCCCAAGGCCUUUGAAUGUUUCUACUUCUAACAUAGAUCCAUAUAGAUAAAAAUACAGACUGAAUGUCAUGGUCGAGCGACCACAAUUUGUUUCAUAUCCAGGAGGUCCUUUGUCCGUAUCUUGUCCUAGCAACCAGGUAAUCUGACUGAAGUUUGUUCUUUCCCCUCAGUUUCUGCAUGGAAAUGCUGCGAUAAUUCAUUAAAUUAAUCCAAAAAUCCUUCCUUUCAAUUCAUUACCCAUUAAUCAUCCAAAUGCUGUAUAGUCCGAGCCGUUGACAGCAUCGUCAGAUAAAAAACACAAAUCCAGGAUGAUACUCGCAAUUAACGCCUAGACUUCUGACGAUAGAAGCAUCAUUUAUGCAUCGAUCUUGACGUUUCUGUGAAACUGCGUGUCAUCGCAUAAGGUGGACAUGAUGCCCCAUAUCAGGUAACUCAAGUCAGCGUGGGUUUGAUCCCCACCGGGUGUCUUCUCCUCGCCGCAACGUCGACAGACCGGGCCGCAGCCAGCCUCCUAAGCAGAGGGUACUUGAUUUGUUUCCUUGGGGUGUUAAGCAGCCAGGAUGAGAAGUUAAACAUUUCCUCACAUCUAAUGCCGAGGCCAAGAAUGUAUCGAGAUAUUCCUCCUGCAUGUGACACAGUACUUAGUUAAGCACGGUAGAAACUUAAUGUACGUUGUGUGCGAUAUGGAAUGUGAUUAACAGUUUGGAAUUGGGUGCUUAGAAUAAUUUCAAAUUAUCUGGCUUUCUUUUAAACGCAAAAUU